GUGUUGUAUCCUAACUUAGUGGCACACAGGUGCUUACCAUUAUGGGAAACCAGCUCGCUGGCAUCGCUCCUUCCCAGAUCCUUUCUGUGGAGAGUUAUUUUUCAGAUAUUCAUGACUUCGAAUAUGACAAAAGCCUGGGGAGUACUCGAUUCUUUAAAGUUGCUCGAGCCAAACACCGAGAAGGGCUGGUGGUUGUGAAGGUCUUUGCGAUCCAGGAUCCCACGCUGCCAUUAACCAGCUAUAAACAAGAGUUGGAGGAGCUGAAGAUCAGGCUCCACUCUGCACAGAACUGCCUACCUUUCCAGAAAGCAGCAGAAAAAGCAUCUGAGAAAGCAGCUAUGCUCUUUAGGCAAUAUGUGCGAGACAACCUCUAUGACCGCAUCAGUACCCGGCCGUUCUUAAAUAACAUUGAGAAGCGCUGGAUCGCUUUCCAGAUCCUGACAGCUGUGGACCAAGCACACAAGUCUGGAGUUCGUCAUGGGGACAUCAAGACAGAGAAUGUGAUGGUCACCAGUUGGAAUUGGGUUCUUUUAACUGAUUUUGCCAGUUUUAAACCCACUUACCUUCCAGAGGACAACCCAGCAGAUUUCAACUAUUUCUUUGACACUUCACGGAGGAGAACCUGCUAUAUCGCUCCUGAACGUUUUGUGGACGGUGGGAUGUUUGCCACUGAGUUAGAAUAUAUGAGAGAUCCUUCAACGCCACUUGUAGACUUAAAUAGCAAUCAGAGAACGAGAGGAGAGCUGAAGAGGGCAAUGGACAUCUUUUCAGCAGGUUGUGUGAUAGCUGAGCUUUUUACAGAGGGUGUGCCACUGUUUGAUCUCUCUCAACUUCUGGCUUAUAGAAAUGGACAUUUCUUCCCAGAACAAGUGCUAAAUAAAAUUGAAGAUCGCAGUAUCAGAGAGUUGGUCACUCAGAUGAUUCACCAUGAGCCAGAUAAGCGUUUAGACGCAGAAGAGUACUUAAAGCAGCAGCGUGGCAAUGCCUUCCCUGAAAUAUUUUACACUUUCCUUCAGCCCUACAUGGCCCAGUUUGCCAAGGAAACAUUUCUCUCUGCAGAUGAGCGUAUUCUGGUCAUACGGAAGGAUUUGGGCAACAUUAUUCACAAUCUCUGUGGACAUGACCUGCCAGAAAAAGCAGAAGGAGAGCCUAAGGAAAACGGGCUGGUGAUCUUGGUGUCUGUCAUAACGUCCUGCCUGCAGACCCUGAAGUACUGUGAUUCCAAGCUUGCUGCUCUGGAGCUCAUUCUCCAUCUUGCCCCCCGAUUAAGUGUUGAAAUCCUUUUGGAUCGGAUCACUCCAUAUCUCUUGCACUUCAGCAGUGACUCGGUUCCUAGGGUGAGGGCCGAGGCCUUGAGGACGUUGACCAAAGUUCUUGCUCUCGUCAAAGAGGUUCCUCGCAAUGAUGUCAAUAUUUAUCCAGAAUACAUCCUGCCCGGCAUAGCCCACUUAGCCCAAGAUGAUGCAACUAUUGUUAGACUAGCCUAUGCUGAAAAUAUAGCCCUACUGGCAGAAACAGCUCUGAGAUUCCUGGAAUUAGUGCAGUUAAAAAAUCUUAAUAUGGAAAAUGAUCCCAAUAGUGAAGAAAUAGAUGACGUUACCCAUCCCAAUGGAAAUUAUGACACAGAGCUCCAAGCCUUACAUGAGAUGGUCCAGCAGAAAGUCGUCACUCUGCUGAGUGACCCUGAGAACAUUGUGAAGCAGACCCUGAUGGAGAGUGGAAUCACCCGGCUGUGUGUGUUUUUUGGGCGCCAGAAGGCCAACGACGUCUUGUUGUCCCACAUGAUCACUUUCCUCAACGAUAAGAAUGACUGGCAUCUUCGGGGAGCUUUCUUUGAUAGUAUAGUCGGUGUUGCUGCUUAUGUGGGCUGGCAGAGCUCCUCAAUUCUCAAACCCCUGCUGCAGCAAGGUCUUAGUGAUGCCGAGGAGUUUGUUAUUGUGAAAGCUCUGAAUGCCCUUACCUGUAUGUGCCAGUUGGGACUGCUGCAAAAACCCCAUGUGUACGAGUUUGCCAGUGAUAUUGCCCCCUUCCUGUGUCAUCCCAAUUUAUGGAUACGCUAUGGUGCCGUGGGGUUCAUCACAGUGGUAGCCCACCAGAUAAGCACAGCUGAUGUCUACUGUAAACUGAUGCCUUAUCUUCACCCAUACAUCACCCAGCCGGUAAUACAGAUUGAAAGAAAACUUGUUCUGCUCAGUGUCUUAAAAGAACCAGUGAGCCGUUCUAUAUUUGAUUAUGCUUUGCGGUCUAAAGACAUCACUAGCUUGUUCCGACACCUCCACAUGCGUCAGAAGAAGCGAAGCGGGGCCCUUCCCGAGUGCCCUCCGCCGGAGGAUCCUGCCAUCGCCCAGCUUUUGAAGAAGCUACUCUCACAGGGCAUGACGGAGGAGGAGGAAGACAAGCUUCUGGCACUGAAAGACUUCAUGAUGAAAUCUAAUAAAGCAAAGGCCAAUGUCGUGGACCAGAACCAUCUUCAUGACAGUAGUCAGAAAGGUGUCAUCGACUUGGCAGCCUUGGGCAUAACUGGGAGACAAGUUGAUCUUGUUAGAACCAAACAAGAACCAGAUGAUAAACGGGCUAGAAAACAUGUAAAACAAGACUCAAAUGUAAAUGAAGAAUGGAAAAGCAUGUUUGGGUCACUGGAACCACCAAGCAUCCCGCAGGCCCUACCUAAAGGGAGUGACCAGGAGGUGAUUCAGCCUGGCAAGCCACCUCGUUCCGAAUCCUCUGCUGGCAUUGGUGUCCCUUUGUCAACUUCUCCGCAGGUUCCAGAGAUGACAAAUGUCCAGAAUAAAAAACCAGUAAUACAGGUUCUGAGUAGCACGAUCUUGCCGUCCACUUACCAGAUUCGGAUCACAACUUGUAGAACAGAACUUCAGCAGCUCAUCCAGCAGAAGCGAGAGCAGUGCAGUGCGGAGAGGAUCGCCAAGCAGAUGAUGGAGAGUGCCGAGUGGGAGAGCAAACCGCCGCCCCCAGGGUGGCGUCCUAAAGGGCUACUGGUCGCACAUCUUCACGAACACAAAUCUGCUGUGAAUCGAAUUAGAGUCUCUGAUGAGCACUCACUCUUUGCCACAUGUUCCAAUGAUGGCACAGUGAAAAUCUGGAACAGCCAAAAGAUGGAGGGGAAGACCACGACUACCAGAUCUAUUCUUACGUACAGCCGAAUUGGAGGACGAGUCAAGACUCUUACAUUCUGCCAAGGCUCCCACUACUUAGCUGCAGCAUCUGACAACGGUGCUGUCCAGCUUCUUGGGAUUGAAACUUCCAAGCUGCCCAAGUCUCCUAAAAUCCACCCUCUGCAAAGCAGAGUUCUGGAUCCGAAGGAGGACGGCUGUGUUGUGGACAUGCACCACUUCAACUCCGGGGCGCAGUCUGUGCUGGCCUACGCCACUGUGAAUGGCUCCCUGGUCGGCUGGGACCUCAGGUCUUCCAGCAACGCAUGGACACUGAAGCACGACCUGAAGGCAGGCCUCGUCACCUCCUUUGCAGUGGACAUUCACCAGUGCUGGCUGUGCGUCGGUACAAGCAGUGGUGCCAUGGCUUGUUGGGACAUGAGGUUCCAGUUGCCAAUUUCAAGUCACUGCCACCCUUCCCGGGCUCGGAUCCGGCGCCUCUCCAUGCACCCUCUGUACCAGUCCUGGGUGAUUGCAGCCGUCCAGGGCAACAAUGAAGUGUCCAUGUGGGACAUGGAGACGGGCGACAGAAGAUUCACUCUGUGGGCCAGCAGCGCUCCACCGCUCUCUGAGUUGCAGCCUUCUCCUCACAGUGUCCACGGCAUCUACUGCAGUCCUGCUGAUGGAAAUCCCAUCCUGCUGACCGCUGGCUCAGACAUGAAAAUAAGGUUUUGGGACUUGGCGUACCCAGAAAGGUCCUACAUCAUUGCCGGAAGUGCUAAUUCCCCGUCCGUGUCCUACUAUAGGAAGAUAAUCGAAGGCACUGAAGUCGUUCAGGAGAUUCAGAACAAGCAGAAGGUGGGCCCGAGUGAUGAUACGCCUCGGAGGGGCCCCGAGGCGCUGCCUGUGGGACAUCACGACAUCAUCACGGACGUCGCCACGUUCCAGACCACGCAGGGCUUCAUCAUCACUGCUUCCAGAGAUGGGAUUGUGAAGGUGUGGAAGUGAACACCUGCUGAUGUGCAUCCAUUGUCAUGAAGUUAUACAUAUGCUGUAACCCGGGGGAAAGUUGUUUCUAGAGAGAAGGGAGAGCAGAUUCAUUUGCGUAGUUUUGAGAAUCAUGUCCUUCUGUUCCUGUGUCCAGAC